CUUCCAUCGAUCCUUCCGCACCGCGUGAACUCAUCAGCAGCAUGUCAUUCUCAAUCGCGACCACGACGAAGGAGUUUACGACCUCCCGCGGUAUCAAGUAUACCUACCACUACGCCGCGCCUCAGGCGGGCAAGCCGACGCUCCUGUUCCUGCACGGUUUCCCGUCAACGGCGCACGACUGGCACUAUCAGGUCGACUACUUCGGCGGCAAGGGCUAUGGCGUCAUCGUCCCGGACAUGCUGGGCUACGGAGGCACGGACAAGCCCGCGGACCCCGUUGAGUACAUUGGGGCGAAGCAGGCGCGCGAUUUGGUCGACCUUGUCGACCACGAGAAGGCGGAGAGGGUGUUGGUGAUUGGCCAUGAUUGGGGAACCAUGCCCACUACGUAUCUCGCGGCCUUGUACCAGGACCGGUUCAUUGGCUUCGUCCACCUUUCGGUCGGAUUCGCGCUGGCGCGCUCCGGUCUCAAGCUCGAGCAGCUUCUCGCGUUCAUGAAGCAAGCCGUGGGCUCAGAAAUCUUCGGGUAUUGGGCAUUCUUCAACAAGGAGGAGGCCGCCGGUAUCAUCGAGAAGAACCUCGACACCCUCUUCGACCUCGCCUUCCCGAAGGACCACUCCAUGUGGAAGACCUACAUGAACCCAGUCGGCGGCGUCGACCCGCUCCUGGAGCAGGGCAAGCGCUUCGAGGCCGGUGACUACGUUACGGAAGAGGACCGGAAGAUCUGGCGCGAGCAGUAUCAGAAGGGCGGCCUUACUGGCCCGCUGAACUGGUACAAGAUGGCGUCUCGCGCGCUUCAGACUAGCGACGGUCUCGACAUCUCCGCCGACACCCUCAAGGUCAAGAAGCCCUACCUCUACAUCGGCGGCACCAGCGACUACGUCUGCCGCCCCGAGCUGCAGGACCGCGACAUGAAGAAGGUGUGCGAGGACCUGCGGAUCGAGGUGUUCGAGGGCGUCGGGCACUGGCUGCAGCUCGAGCUGCCGGAGAAGGUGAAUGAGACGAUUGAGGGGUGGGCGGAGGGGAAGGGGUUGGUGGGCAAGUGAGGGUGGGUGCGGGCGAGAGGAGCGAUGAACUUAGAACCUACUGCACAGCGUACACGUCGAGGGAUUUUGAGAAACUGAAUGUUUCCGAAAGAGAAUUGUACCACGAACAUAUGUCAAUGUAUACGCGCGCGACUGAACUUGCAUUGGGCGCUCGAGAGUUAUCCGAGAACGGUGUAGGCUAUCACUUCUAUAUCAAGCUGACACACCAUCCAUGAAAUUUCUCUGUACGAUUGCGUCGAUCCUUACCUGAGGCUCAACCUGAAUAGUUAUGUUGGUCCCCCGAAUAUAUUCUUCACGCGCCCGCGA